AUGUCGACCACAACCCCCCACCUUUUGGAACCCUACCUCUCCCUGCCCCGGGAAACCUCCCUCAUUGUUCUCAGCUCCAUCCUCGGCGCAUCGACAAACUGGCUGCUGGCGCGGUACAUCCACUCCUACCUCAAAACCCCCAGCGUCGAAGGCGAGCCAGAAGUCGCCGUAUUGCUGGCGUCCUUCCUCCGAGACUACUCCUUCUUCCAGCAGACCCUCUCCAAGCUCUCGAUCGACCUCGACUCCGAAGUCCGAAAGGGCAGGUUCGCGUUUGUGGAUGGGUUGACGAGCUUGUUUCUCCCGUCCCAGCGGUCCGGGGGGAGGUUGCAGGACGGGGAUGAUCUCCGGGCGGUUCAGAGACAGAUCGGAGAUGCCCUGGCGGGGUUGGAUGCGGGGAGGAAGAGAAGGGUGGUGCUGGUGCUGGACCAGCCGGAUUUCUUGGUUGCGAGUACUAGUGCUGGCGGUGGGGAAGGGGCGGGGAUCGCGGUGAGGGAUGUCAUCUUGGAUCUAAGAGAGAAAGUCCACAGCUGCGUCGUUACCGUGUCAGCCGACGACCCUCUCGUUCACCCUCCUGUCGCUCCCACACCCCUCGAGACGAACCACUCCUGGUUUGUGCUGUCACUGCUUCACGAGGCGGACAUGCUGUGCGCCCUGAGGCUGCUGGACACUGGUACAGCAAAGGAUGUCAGUGGGGUGGUGAGGAUCACCAGUUCGAGGGAUGGCGAGACGGAGGACAGAGAGUAUCUUUACAAGGUUGGGGGGCAUGGCGGUGCCAAGGUCUUCGAGAGGGGGCAGUAGAUGUCACGAUAUGGCAAGUAAAUGGAUGAGAUGCUCAUGGCAUGACAAGUCAUAGGAUGAUAUGGUCCAGAAAGGCAUAGCAAGCACGCACACAUAUGACGCAAGCGAAUGAUGCCCAAUUUUUGACAGCAAAACCGCCGCCCAAGUAGCUGAGAGCACAGCGUUCCAAGAGACAGCCGGACGCAUGGAAUAUGGCACGAGAAGCCCAAUUCCAAUCAUCAAUCAUGGACAGCACCAGAGGACAUCAUAAGCCAGCACCAAAGAGGUAAACACAGAAAUACCGAUUUUGAACCCCUUUGCGCCUGACUCUUGGGAGCGUCUGCUGGGCUGUCCUAGUAAUAACAAAGAAACACCUUCACGCCUUUCAUAAAACCGUCUGCCCUUGAUGCUGUUUCAUCACUUUUUUUGUGCUUGACUCUCGUGCCCAUGGAUAAACUGGUCUGGAUGGUAGUUGGUUCGUCGCGAGUGCAUUCGCGAUUUUUGUGUGUUCUGUGGUUUAUGACCCCAAUUUGCCCGCCGAGAUGCAUACCAUUUGUGAUGACUGAAAGCAGCAAAGCAUAAAAAACCGCGAGCAUGGUUUCCCCGUCCGGAAUAAAUUUGUGAAUCCCAGCGCCCGUUUACACCGCUCGCCAAAAACGACCCGUCCCGUCAUCCAUGUUCCAGCCCAUCAAUGCCCGAAAACGACCUGCUUACUCGGAAGCGGUGUUGGGACCCCGCGAGCCCUUGGGGACACCAGUCUGGAAGCCGUUCUUGAACUUUCUGGAGACGGUGCUGAGGUAUCUCAUGCGGCCGGUGCCGGUGACCUUUCUGCGCUUAGCCUUCUCG